CAGCAAAGUAUCACAUCGCGUUCACAGUUUUGUAUCUUAGCUCAGAUUAUGUGUUAAGAAAAGCUGUCGGUAGCUCAGUAGUUAUUACGAAAUCGUUUAUCUGUCUGUGUAAUUGUGUGUUGGUGUUAGUUUCGUUUUAACGUGUUUGAUGAUGAAUGGCUACGUGAUUAGCCAAAAGUCGGUAGCCUGUCCGUGACUGUAUCCACAACAAAAAUAAAGUUAGUUCACAUGAGUCAGAAUAAGUUUCACCGAUGGAGAUCACCCCGAAAGCAGCCAAAAUAAAACCAGUGUAUCCUUCACCCUGUGAUUCAGCGGAGUCAAGCCCCUGUGUGAGCAGAAAGAGGAAAAGGUAGUGUCACCAGCAGCUGAGCUCCUCCCUGAAGGAGAGGCUGAAGAGGACAAGGCGCUCCUUCACCUCUCCUCUCUCUGUGGCCAAACGCCUUUGUGUCGAUGAUGACGAGGAGGAUGGCCGACAAGUUUCAGCAGAUUCCCGGGAGACGAUUAAUAAUCCUCCACUGAUCAUGCCCAAAGUUGAUGUAAACAGAAAUGAGGAGAGAUCAGGGAGUGAGAGGUUUGCUGGACCCGAACCAACACAUCCUCCUCCUAAAGACAUUACACAACAACGAGACCAGCUGAGGAGGGACGUCAAAGACAAGACGGAGACUCUGCGCAGGCUUAAGAUGGUUAAAAUGUACAGAAGCAAGAAUGAUUUAACGCAGCUCCAAACCUUGAUCGACAAGUGGAGGAGUUGUGCUCAGGCUGCUCUGUAUGAGCUCCAGUCAGACGCCCCCAUAGACGGACGAAAGGCCAGCCUGUCGGAGCUCAUUGACCUCUUUGGUCUGGAUGAUGGCAUUCUGCACUUUGACCGCACAGAGGAAGACUUCACUACCUAAUUAAAAAUGAUCAUUAUGUCUUACAAAAAUACUGCAGAACAAUCACAUCAUAAAAAUUCAGAGUUAACUAAUUGUUUUAUUUGUUGCUGCUAUUUUGUU